AUGGUCUACAUAAAUCCACUAUUGUCCACCAGUGGCCUGACUUCAACUCAGCUUGGGGUCACCGCUCUUGCUGCCCACAUAUCUUCCACAAUUGCUCGGCUCGUCAUUGGACCAAUAGCCGAUGGCACGAAACAUCGUCACGUGGUAUUCUUCCUGCUAUCACUUGCAACAGCGAUGUUCAUACUUUCGUUCUUCGCCUUUCCACGAAUGACCGAAUAUGUCUUUGAUGGGAAGGUUCAUGAGGAUGGUGUUUUCGUUCCUCAUGUCGUGUGGAGCUCAAACGGAACAGAAAGUAAUUACUCAAACAAGUAUUCAUCCCAGAAAAUUUGUUGGCCACGGUCCAUAGAACAGUGCAAUGUAAUGAACAACGGAACGCGCGAAUGGAAUUUCAAACUUGGGUUUCGGCUUCAGAAGAAUGACACAAACCUCAUGGAUGUCAAAUACAUCGUCACAAACGGAACUUUGUGGAUGACUGAUGCCACAACUAACGCGAGUAAAAAUGCCCGCAUAUUUUGUCGUUACACACAUCCGGUAGAGGAAGAAGCUUGCCACAAACUUCGUAACACAGUGAAAGGUGCCGCAACCGUUUCGAUUUUCCUCAUGGCAAUUGUCCUCCGAUCGCUUGUCACCAUGACCCAUUCAUCUAUCCCAAAUCUACUGGAUUCAACAACCUACGGGAUUCUGGAGGAGCACAAAGCACACAUGUACGGUCGGUCCCGUGCGUUUGGAUCAGCUGGCUAUGUGGCUGCAGCGUUAUCCACUGGUCUAUACAUCUCUUCUAUAUCAAAUCAGUUCAGUCCUCCUAGCAAUCAACCAAACCCAGGUUUUGCUUCUAUCCAACAUAGUGAGGAAAAUACUGUCGACUACAAGCCGACCAUUAUUCUUGGGAGCAUUUUCGCAUUCCUUGGGGCAAUCGUCGGCGGAAUUCCUUCCUCCGGCAUAAAACCCGUCACAAUUAAUCUGAGAAAAGCCAUUUUAAUUGGGAUUCGGUCUCCAGCAAUGAUCAAAUGUUCAAUCAACUCCUUUCUCUCUGGUCUCGUUUACUCCUAUUUAUUUGAGUUCUACUUUUUCGUUCUUACCUCUGAAUACAACGUUCCACCGUAUUUUAUCGGAUUUCUUGUCUUGUCUGUAAUGAUAGGAGAAGUGCCGGCGUUUUUCGUUGCAGGUUCUCUAGUGAAACGCUUUGGAGAAACUGCUUGCAUUGCAGCCGCCCAUAUUUUGUUCGGGUUACGUGUACUGUCAUUUGGUGUAUUUUCCAAUUAUUUGUGCUAUAUUGGUUCCGAGAUUCUAUUUACCACUGGAUUCUCGCUUCUCUACACGGCCUUGAUUAUGCAGGCUGGAUCUGCUGGACGCAAUGCUGAAGCAGAGGCUGGUGAUGUUGUCGCAAGUAUGCAUGCUCUGAUGAACGCUAUCCUCUUCAGUAUAACCUCUUGUAUAGGUGGACCUAUAUGGGGUGUGCUUUUGGAUCGCUUUACCGGGAGGCAACUUUUUUAUGCUGCCUCAGUGUCAUCCUUUGUUCUUGCAGUCUUUACUCCCGUCAUCGCCUACUUUAUAGACCUCUGUUUUUGUGAUUCGAAGGAGAAGGACAUUUUAGUGGAACCGACAGAUGUUGUGAAGAUUGAAAUAGAUAAAAAUGGAUUCAACGGUACAUCAUUUACGUAA